CUCGCGAGCUCCGCGCGGGGAGGGGAAGGAGGAGGACUCCGGGCCGGCCGGGUGUCCGAGGGCGGCGGGUCGCGGGAAGGGGGAGACUGAGCAUGCGCAGCCGCUCCGGCGAAGGCAGGGAGGAGGGGACCCGUGCGCGCGCGCACGAGCGGCCCGCCGGCGGCCGCGGGUGGAGGGGGCGGUUCCUCGAGUGUCGGCGGCCGGAGGGUGGGCAGGCUGGUGGCAGGUGCCGCCUGGGCCACCGCCGCAGCCUCCUCCGGGUCCCGGAGCUCCCGAGCCUCCGGAGGCGAUGAGCUGGACUCCGUCGGAGGCUGCACCUGCCGGCUGCCCAUCACUCCGCGCCUCCCGGCGUGACCUCGGCCUCCCAGCGCGCCCGAUCCCCGCGGCGCGGUGCUGCCCCUGAGCGGGAGCGGCGGCGGCCUCCUCCGCACCGCGUCCUCGCUGGGGGGCCGCGCGGGGACAGCGCCGGGCCCCCUCCCCUCCCCCGUCCGCCGUCCUCAAUGUCUCCACGGCGGGGAGGGGGCUGCCUGGGAGACGCGCUGAGCGGCCCCCCUCGGAGGUCCGUCGGCCGCAGCAGCAGCGCCCAGCCCGGCGCCCCGCAGCCUUGCCCGGCGGCGGCGGCCUGGAGGAGCCGCGCACCCGCCGCCGCCCCCGGAGCGUCACACCCGCUGCCGCCCCCCGGCGCCGGAGGAGAAGGCGGCGGGCGCCCCCCAGGGAAGAUGAAGGCGGAGGGGGGUGACCACUCCAUGAUCAACCUGUCGGUGCAGCAGGUCCUGAGCCUCUGGGCCCACGGGACGGUGCUGAGGAACCUCACGGAGAUGUGGUAUUGGAUCUUUCUCUGGGCUCUCUUCUCCUCUCUGUUUGUCCAUGGUGCUGCGGGAGUGCUGAUGUUUGUCAUGCUGCAGAGGCAUAGGCAGGGGAGAGUGAUCUCCGUCAUUGCAGUCAGCAUUGGAUUUCUGGCUUCUGUAACUGGAGCAAUGAUCACUAGUGCAGCAGUAGCAGGCAUUUACCGAGUAGCAGGGAAGAACAUGGCCCCUUUGGAAGCCCUGGUGUGGGGCGUUGGACAGACUGUACUGACAUUGAUCAUCUCCUUUUCAAGGAUCCUCGCCACACUUUGAGGUUUCUGUGGAAAUGUCUGACCUUACAUAAGGAAACAGAUGUACAGAUUCUCUGAAAAUGGCAUUGUUAGCAAGUGGGAAUUAAAUUAUACAGGAAUCCUGGAAGGAGCAGGUCGGAGCAUAAGGCCUUGAGCUGUGUGGAAAGAUUGCCCUCUGGUGUUCAAGUGAUUGCACUACCGCACUGCACCUUACGUGCCUCCAUCCCAGGCAAGGCGAAUUACACUCUGAGAAGCUACAAGAAAACGCACCUUGUUUAGCUGCCAAUCAGGUUAACAUUGGUGUUGAAUCAUCGUUUUUAACAGUGUUGUGUUCAAGUUACAGGGACAUUUUGAAGAAUUGAUAUAUGUGCCAAACUCUCUUCUUUUUUUUUAUAAAUUGGUCAUGUGACAGUUUGCAAGUGUAAAUGUAGAUGAGACAAGUGCUGUGAAAGUGUUUGACAUGAAUUCAGGUCACGUAGUGAGACUUUGUAACUAAAUCCUGUGUGAGUGCCGAAUACCGAAUUGUUUACUAGGAGAUAAUUUAUUUUAUUUUUAAUGUUGAACUUUUCUGGGAUUUAGGGCUUUAAUAUGGUUAGGCAUUAUUGUUAUUUAAUUUAUGUGGAAAAUAAUAUUAAUGGAAAACUAGCUAAACUCUUUUAAGGACUCAAAGUAGAUCUAUAGGGUGCAUCCUUUUCAUGAACAUAAAUAAUACUUUUAAUAGUUUCCCUCAUACAUAAAUGUUCUAUUGAUAUGAAUUAAAAAACUUUAUCGGUAACACACAUUGAUUGUAGUUUGUGUGUCAUAAAAAUAUUAUUUGAAAUUUUUCUUAUAAAUUCUGUUAGAAAACAAGUCUGAAAUGCAUGUUGCAUUCUUUGACCCUCUAAAGAAAGUUUUGCCCUGUGUCUCAUGGAGAAAACAUCUUCACAGCUGUUCCCCAGUGGGGUUCUAUGACUUGUUGCCUAUGUCUUGAUUUUUGACAAAGUGUAAGCAGUCUUUAAUUCUGGAGUAUUAACUAUAUUUAAAGAGUGGCCUAAAUUAGGCUGUGAAAACAAAAAGCCUCAUUUGUAGAUAAGUAACAGUAAGUUAUCUAGGGAGAUUAAUAAACUAUCUUACUUUGGGUAUGUGGUAACAAAAUUUUACUUAGUAAGAAUUGAGGAAUUUAGUAAAUCUGGCAGUCCAUCUCAGUGUUUAAAACAGUACUGAAAUAUAUUUGAGUGAUUCAUUUUAGUUCAGUUCUUGAUUUAUGCUAAGUUUAUUAGAAUGUGAUGGCAUUUAUUAGAAAUGAAAAAGUCUUUAGUAUAAAAUAUUUUAAGAGAUUUUGGCAACAUAUACUUGUUUUUAAGACUACAGGAAGUAAGGGAAACAGAACCUGCUUGAACUUAUCCCCUCCUGACAUUUUUUAAAACCAGGUACAAUUAUAAAUGUUCUUACUCAAAGGAGAGCUAUUGCAGAGAAUGCUAAGUGAAGGACAAUCCAGAAAAACAUUGGCGUGCUUCAGCCUUGCUGCUUUAGAAACUGUUGGGUAACAAGUAGGUUCCUAUUAGGUCCCAUUCAAAUUUAAGGCCUUUGCUACACAGGUCACUUUUCUUUCACCAAAAAAAUAGUGAGGAUUUGGUGGGAGAGGAGAAGCUACUUUUACCAGUAGGAAAGCCAAUUUGGGGAAUUUUCUAAUUCUGUGGCUUGGAAAUUUUUAAAAAAAUAACAAUUAGAUCUAUGCACUUAGAGAUCUUUGAAGUAAAUCUUAAAAUUGAUUUUAAAUAUGUAUAACCCUGAAAUUAAUUUCAUGUGUUCUUUAUAUUUUUGAUGUUUUCCAAAUUAAAUUUAGGCAUAAGUUUUCCAAAUCAAUUUGAUUUAUCCUUUUCUGUUAGUCUUGAAUUCAGUGUUCUUUCUUUAUGUUGGCUAUUCUGUCAAUAAUUUAAAGUGUUUGUAUUCUUUGAGAGGAAUUACCAAUAACAUAUUGAAGAUGUACAAAAUGAAAAAUUUUAACAUAUAGUUAUGUUGUGAUUUAAGAAAGUUAUCCUGGUAAGGUAAUAUGGAACAUAUGGUUCAGAAUCAAAAAUUAACCGGAAAUAACUUGGUACAUAAAUAUGUGAAUGCAUGGACCAAAGAGAUUCAAACUCCCAUUUUUACUCUUAGAAUGGAAGUAUAAUUUGAUAUAUAAUAAUUAGUUUGUAGAGUGUCCUAAUCUUAUUAUCAAGUUGCUUUAUAUUAUGAAGUGUGUGUGUGUGUGUGUGUGUGUGUGUGUGUGUGUGUGUACUUUUAAUUUGUAGGGGAAUUCUUGUUUUGUUUUUGCUGUUUUCAGCUCUUUCCAUUGGGAUUUUGUGCAACUGUCACUCUUUUGAUGUUUUGAAAUAUAGUUGAAUGGUGUGCAUUGAUGAAAUUGUCUUAAUAGAUAUUUCUAUGUUGAGAUUUUUUUUAAAGUUAGUGGUUUUCCUACAGAUACAAGAAACAUGUAAUGAUAUAUAUCCACAUACACCUAUAUAUCAUUAUAUAUGUCCGCACAAAGCUGCCAUGUAUGAACGCAGUCUAGCUGGACAGCUGCUGUUCCAGGAACACAUCCAUGCUCUAGUGGAGAAUUUGUUCAGCUGAAUGAUCUUUUAAAUGGGUUUGAGAUUUUUUAAUUUGGGGAGAUUUUUCUUGGUUUAAUAGUGCUGGAGACCCUUGUUUUGAUAUGACAAAAGCUCUUAUUGAUGUAUUUGCGUUACACUUCUUUAAAAUGUGUAUGUGAUUUAGCGGUAAAUUCUCUUUGAUUAAAGCAGGAAGGAUAGAGGAAAUCAUCUGCAGUUUACACAUCUUUAUUUUUUUUCAUGUGUAGUAAAGUAUUGCUGACAAUGAAAUCAGUUCCCCAAAGAAGAGACUCCUAUAUGCCCAAACUAGUUAUUAUUUAACAUCCUGGUUAGAAAUGCCCAUAGGCCAGAGUUGAGUCAGGGGACCUCAUCUAAACUAUAAAUAACGCUGAAAACCUUUAAAUGAAGGAGGUGCAAAUAAUCUGCCCAUGGGAUGAUUCCAUGGGUUGUCUAGAAUAAGGAAAGUCCUAAAUGAUGGCUAUAUUCAGUGCUUGCAGCUUAAUUAUUCUUACUGUAGACCUCAGUGUUUACCAAACAGUGUUAUAGUUUGUAACCCAAUGUACUAAGUGUUUGCAGCAUUUAGUAUUUCCAUUCCCCUAAAAAUUGUAAGGGUCUUAUUUGUACUUUAAAUGAGAAGUAAAGAAAUGAGCUGCCCUGUAUAUCAUGUAUUUGUGAUGUAAGGAACAAGGGUAAUUUAAAAUCAAAGAAUAUUGUUGGGAAAAGUCUUUAGAGAACUUUAAUUAAGGUGAGGAGAGUGGGGCUGACAUGUUAACAUGCCCAAGCAGACACUUACACCAACUAAUUCAAUUGUUUAAAUAUUUUUGAUGGACCUACUAUGUAUGUACAGAGCUGUAUGGAGUAUUUUCUAUAGGAAGUACAAGGAUGACUAAGAUAGGAUUCCUGCCCUUGAGUUCACCAAAAGCUAGCAAGAUGGUUUUAAAUCCUAAAAAUACCAGAACAACAUUUUGCUUCCUGAUUCUAGUUGAGAGUUCAAGUCUCCCCCCCCUGCCCCAACCUCAAAUUCUGAUUUUCCCAGUUUAUCUACAAAAUGGAGUUUCGGUAACUGAGUUACCAUCACUGUGACAGAGAGAUAAGAAUACUAGGCUGUAAGCCAGAGACAUAAAUGUGAACCCAGGCCCUGUUGCUUGUCAACUUUUUGUUCAUGGAUGGCAAAGCAGUAAAUGUUCAACAAUAAAUGAUAGUCCAUAGAAUUUUUUAAAGUAUAUUUUGCAGUGCUAUUUAAUAUGUUGUUUUGUAAAAUACAUUUGUCUUCUUUCAUUUCCACAUUUUCUCUACAUUUAUUUUAAGAAGGAAAAUUAACAUAACCCUUAUAAUCUUGCUUCCUUUACCUCCUCUUUACCUCUUUAUUUUUUUAAAAUCAGCAGAUACUCAUCUAGGAGCAUUUUUAGGGGUUGGUGGUAGUAAAAAUGGCCAAAGCAAGCAGGAUUAAUUACAGGUUGUGUUUACCACUGGUUAAGAUAGAAAAAGGUAGAGGUAGCCAAUAUUUACUCCUUUACCUUAUCCUGCUACUUUCCUUGGAUUCAUUCAACCAACAUUCAUUGAAUCUCUACUACAUGCAACUUACCAUGUGUUUAAGGAUGAAGUGUCUCCUCUUCUGCCCCAUGGGUGUUGGCUUCACAGCACAGUGCAAAUUCUAUAGAGAAACAAAAGAGUGUCUACCAAGUCCUUCCUUCAUGGACCAAGGUGCUUCAGCUACUGUUCAUUUGCUUUUACUUAAAAAGAAAUACUGUUAUUUUACAUUUAUGUCCAUUUUAUAAUUCAAGAAGUAACAAAAUGCUAAGAAUAUUUUCUCAAACUACUUCACUUUUGCUAUUACAAUUUUUCUCUCUCAGAAAAUCUUAAUUGGAAUCUCUUCAAAGAGUUGUUAUUUGUUUUUAAGAUAUGAAGAAUGCAGAAAGUUAUUUAAGAAAUCCAAGUAGGCCUAGAUUGCAGAGAAGUUUGGCAAUACUUGGGUAACUGGGUAAAUUGCUGUUUCUUUUCCUAAACAAAGUGAGACUCUCAGUGGUUAAAAUUGACUACUUGUCAAUUUUAAUUUCCCUCAAGGGUCAUUCCUUUUUGUAACAUCUUAGCGGUAGACUCUCCAGGAUAAGAGGGACAUUAUUUAGUUAAAAAUGAUGAAAAAUUUCAAACAUGUAGUAGCAUUUUUGUAGCAGAGGGAAGUUUAAAGAUAGGAAGACACAUUGGAGGGGUGACACACAGAACAAAGGCAUAUCAUGAAUACUCAGUAUUCUGUGAACAAUUCCCCCUUGUGUUAAGAAUAUAAACUACACUGUGUGCAUAUGUGUCCUGCAUGUUUACAGAAUGUGGGGUUUCUUUACCUGUGAGACAACUUCCACAAAGCUUUGAAAUCAUUAUGCGCGCGCGCGCGCGUGGUGUGUGUGUGUGUGUGUGUGUGUGUGUGUGUGUUGUGUGUGUUUUGCUGGUAGGUUUGCCCUUCUAACUUAAGGAUCUCUGUUCAGUGUAAGAAUACAGUGCUUUUGAGGUUGCUGAAUAAAUUAUCUAAAAAUGUAUCUGAAUUUGUUUUAGAGGAAGUAGUGCUUAAUAUAUAAAGUAUUUUCAAUAAUGUGGAGAUGUAUCAGUUAAUACUUUAUUAAAUUAGUGGAAACACCCAAAUUUCUGAGUGAACUGAACUGUGAACUGUAACCACCUCCUCUCCUGCAUUUAGAGGACUCAUCUUCACAUUCUUUACAUUCAUUGCCUAUAUGUUGAAGCUAUUUAUUAUAAUCCUUUCUUGAUUUGAGAACCAAUUUAGCAAUUUCUUAAAAAUCUCCUCCCUCCACAUAACUGUCAUAUGUUAGGGUUUAAACAUAUGUACAGUUUGUUAAUAGAAUGAGAAGUGCUGGUUUUGAAGAGAAUGUGCUAGACACUAAUGAGACAAAUACUAAGGAGAGUCAAGAGAGCAUGAACCUUUAACAUAUUGUUUUAGAUUCUUUAGUGCACCUAUAUGCAUUUUCCUUCAGAGGUAGCAUGACUGCCCCCUUUUUGGGAAUGCAUUUAGAAAUGUAACUGAAACUGGAAAGCAGUAUAAUAUAAAUAUAUAGAAAGAGGAGCUAUUAACUCAUAAUUACCAUAACAGGAACACCUUUGCUCCAAAAUUGUUAUAUAUUGGGAAAUUCUAAAAAGCAUCAUUUUUUAGAGCCUUGUAUAAAUGAAUGUUAAGUUGAUAGUGUUACUGAUGAUGAAAAGUUUUCUUUGUGUUUAAAUUAGUGUAUUUGCACAGCAUCACUAAGUAUCUUUGGGAAGGAACAUUUUAAAGUUUUCUCCAUAGAAAGCAAAAUAGAGGCACUUGAUUGAAUAGUAAUAAAAAUGAUUUACUUUGAAUAAUGAAUGAGUUGAUAGUGUAAUUGUUGACACUUUCUUAGUAUUUGUGAUAUUGGAUGCAUUUACGAUGGAGGAAUUUUUGUAUAUUUUGGCGUUCUGCACACACACACGCACACACAAGCUCUACACAUUGAGAUGAACAAUAUGAAGUUCCACAGUAUUUCAUUUUAGUCGUAUAACUUGGUAAAAUUCAUAUGAUUCUACCAUAAAGUAUUAACUCCUGACUCUAGUCAUUUUAUGAUGAGAGAAUCGAUUUUAUCUUGAAGUUAACCAACUAAAAUGUUUUUAUUUAAAGAUCAAAAACAUAGUUUACCUGAUAGGUAUUAAAAGACUCUCUUUCAAAUUGUAACUCUCAGACUACUGAUGAAUCGUUUAGUAAACCACAGUACCAUUUUUAAAGCUAAAUGAUGUCUCAGUACCUUGGAAGUUAAGAUACUUUUUCAAAGUGAAUCUAGUGAGAUUCAGGAUUGGUACACCUGUUAAUGGGGAUUCAGCAUUAAGGAGAGUGUAAUAGAAUCACCUGUGGUUUAAUAAAAAUCAGUUAUUUUGCUAUUGACGAUGACAGAUGACGACUUUCAUUACAUUUUCAUGAUGUGGUAUUUGUCUCUCUUUUUUAAAAAGUAAGUUUGAAAUGGGAAAAAUGUAGUCAAGACAAAAGUGGGAUUUUAAAAUUUAAUUUUGUUGUAAACUAGAGAUUCUAGUAUAAACAGUGUUAGUUUUAUAUUGUAGUACAAGGGCGGACAUUUUAUGUAACCUUUAGAAAUAUGUUUACCAUCAGGGAUUUAUUUUUGCUAUCCAAAUACUUAAUGUACUGUGAAGCUUAAGGACAGGAGGAAUAAGCGCUAGAGGGGUAAUGCACAAAAACAAAGGCCUAUCUGAUGAAGUACCCUACGUUAUGUGAACACAAUUUCCCCUUCUGUUAAGACUAUAAACUACACUGUAUGAGUAUGUGUACUGCAUGUUUACAUAAUACAGCUUAAUUUUGAAGGAUUAUUUUAAAAAAACUAUGUUUAUGUAUAAUACCUAACAGUCUGUAAAUAUUGUAUACUAUUGAUUUUUAAUUUUAUAUAAGCAAUUUUUUAAUUUCCCAAUUCAUGUACAAAUCUCAUUGUAUAUAUAGCAUAAUUUCCUGGAGAACACAAAUUUUGCGGUGAAUUGUAUUAUUUUAACUGGUAAGCAUCAGGUUAGCCUUAGCGAUCUUGAUUUUUGUUUUAAAUUAUUUUUACCGCUCAUUUUCUUCAAAGGGCAGCAAUAAACAUAUGCAAGUUCUUUUUGAUUAUAGACAGUUGGUCUACAAAGACGAGACCUAGGUUCCAAUUCAUGGCUUUAAAAAAAAGAUGCACAAUUAAUAUCAUCCACUGUCUAAUCACAGGACCAUUUCUAAGGUCCAUGUGUGUUUCUCCUCUUUGUAACAUACAGGGUGAUUCUACUGAUACACACAAAACAACUGUUAAAAGUGAAUCCAGCACUUAAAUGUCAUAACACAGAAUUUAUUGGAUUAAAAAUUUGUAAUAUACAGUAUUUUAAUAAAGUUUCUGUAUUCUAUUUCAUGCACUUAUAUAUAAAUAAAUCUGUCUUUAAAAGCUUUA